UUGAUUGGAGUCGCGAUGGGUCGCUUCUAUGUGAAUCUCCCUAUCGGGGCAGUCACUGCCUUCAUCAUCAUCAUCAUCAUUCAUAUACCGAAUCGAAAUUCAUCUCUCACCGACGAAGCAUUCGUCGAGAAGCCAAUGCGCAAGAUAUGGGCCGUCCUCAGAAAGCUAGACCUUGUAGGCUUCAUGAUAUUCGCCGGCUUUGCAGUCCUUAUUUCUCUUGCUCUAGAAUUCGGAGGAUCAACUUAUGCCUGGAGAAGUUCUAACACUAUUGGCCUGUUUUGUGGUGCGGGAGUUGCAUUUAUUGUGUUCGUGUUAUGGGGGCGUGCCGUCGGCGAUGCAAUCGCUAUGAUUCCUGGUUCGAUCGCUAGCACCAGAAAGAUUUGGUGCUCUUGUUUCUUUAUGGGGUGCUUUUCCGGAUCUUUGGUAAUCUUCUCUUACUAUCUACCCAUUUAUUUCCAGGCCAUGAAGAAUGCUUCAUCCACAAUGAGUGGUGUGUACAUGUUGCCGGGGAUCAUUGCACGGGUUCUUACGGCGAUCAUUUCUGGUGUCGCAGGCAUAUAA